UAUUCUUCACUAUAUCAAAAACCUAACGCCUACCGAUCAAAAUGAAUCCGGCUUCAAUGAACUGUCUUCCUGAUGAUCUUCUUGUUCAAAUCUUGUCCUUUCUUCCCACGAAACAAGCUGCUUCCACCUCACUUCUUUCCAAGAGAUGGAGGAUUCUGUUUGCUUUCAGUCCUAAUCUUGACUUUGACGAUUCCAUCUUUUUGCACCCUGAAGAUUGGAAGCAGAAUUGUCCCGACAUUCAAAAGAGUUUCGACGAUUUCGUGGAUAAGACAUUGGCUUCCCAAGGCGGCAACCAUAUAAAGUCGUUCUUACUAAAAUUUGACGAAAAUUAUAGAGAUCAUCGUUUUGCCGUGGAUGUUGUUGACCGCUGGAUAUGUAAUGCCCUGGGACUCGGUGCCUCUGAGCUUCAUCUACAUAUUGAACCUAUAUGGUACCGUGAUCUCCCAUCCGAAGUCUUCACCAGCACCACACUGGUUAAUCUUUCACUGGGAACAAGACUACACAGCCCAAGACUUUUUCCGGAUACAUAUCUCCCAGCACUAAAGGUUCUCUUUCUUGAUUCAGUCUGGUUUGAGGAUGAUCAAUUCUGUAAUGUGUUUCUAACUGCUUGCCCUGCACUUGAGGACUUAACAAUACAUCAGACGAAUUACAAGCAUUGUCCAGACUUUUCAUACGUCAUAUCCAGCAAAACCAUUAAGAAACUCUCCGUUACCUAUAACUUUUAUUACGAUGAUGUUCCUAGAAUAAUUUCAUUUGACACACCGAAUGUUGUAGACUUCUACUACUCUGAUUAUCUUGGGAAUGAGUCUCCACAAUGUCGCUUCAAUUCACUUGCCAAAGCUACAUUGGACCUUAAUUUCUUAAAAGAUGACAAGGGCCAGUUGCAAAAUGGAGCGGAUGUAACGGAUCUCAUCAGUGGGAUACGCAACGUCAAGACCCUUCACUUAACUAUUUCGGCUGUUGAAGUGAUUUCGGUAUGCUGCGAAGGUGGAUUACCGGUGUUCAACAACCUCGUUGAUUUAGUGUUUUCGAGUAAAAAAGAAGGUUGGGAAGUGCUUCUGCCACUUCUGCUAGAGCGUUCACCUAACCUUAAAACUCUGGUUCUCGCGGGUCUGGAUUGUUUCACAUUUAGACGGCAUCCAUUCGUGGGGAUUCGAAUUCCUCCAAAUAACCAAAUAAAGAUGCUGGGUAUCAAGCAGUAUCAUGGAAGUGAAAACGAGCUGAAACACAUUAGCCAUUUCUUACUGAAUAUGGAGUGUCUUGACGUUGUGAAAGUCUACGUUGCACCUACAAUGGAUAGCAUCAAAAAGAUGCAACUCACUGAGGAUAUGUUGAAGCUUCCAACAGCUUCACCUGAGGUCAAUGUACAAGUACUGUGA